UUUAUGUUUGGUCGAGAAUUGAAUCCACGUAUUGGAUCAUUCGAUAUUAAGUGUUUUGUGGAACUUCGGCCAGGCUUAAUUUGUUGGACUGUUGUAAAUAUAGCCAUGGUCAUUAAACAAUAUCAUGAACUUGGGUAUGUCACAAUUGGAAUGUUCUUAAUCUUAAUUUUUCAAGGAUGGUAUUGUAUUGAUGCUGUUUAUAAUGAGCCUGCAGUUUUAACAACGAUGAAUAUCACUACAUAUGGCUUUGGUUGGAUGUUGUAA